AUGAAGCCUCAAAGCCUUGCGCUCUUUGGACUUUUCGUCUCUUCUGCCUUUGCGGUCCCCAAGGCCAAGAGACAUGAUGGUGGUAGUGACCAGCCGAUCAGUGGUGGCAAAGGCGCCCCUAUCCUAGGUGGUACCAACAGAGUUCUUGAUGUCCAGAACCCUGAUCAAUUCCGCACCGCGAGCACCGAUAAUGGAUUUGUGCCCAACGUGAAGUGGAGUUUCUCUGAGUCCCAAACCAGACUGUUCCCGGGCGGUUGGUCCAGAGAGCAAGUUAUUCAGGACUUGCCACAGAGUCACGAUAUUGCUGGUGCGCAGCAGCACUUGAAGAAGGGUGCCAUUCGAGAGUUGCACUGGCACAGAACUGCGGAAUGGGGAUUUGUUUAUAACGGGUCGCUCCUGCUCUCUGGUGUUGAUGAGCACGGUGGUUUUACUACUGAAGUUCUUGAAACUGGAGACAUCUGGUAUUUCCCCAAGGGCGUCGCCCACAACGUCCAGGGUCUGGAUGAUGAAAACGAGUAUCUCCUUGCCUUUGAUGAUGGUGACUUUGAGAAGAUCGGAACCACCUUCAUGGUCGACGAUUGGAUUGCGCAUACCCCCCGCGAUGUUCUCGCAAAGAACUUCGGCGUUGACCCUAAGGUCUUUGACUCAGUUCCCACCAAAUUCCCCUACAUUCUCAACGGCACCGUCAGCAAGGAUCUUGACAAGGCCCCCGAGGGUACAUUGAGAGGGGACGAUUCAUAUGUCUUCCACACCUACAAGCACAAGUCUGAGCCCGUGCCCGGCCACGGUGGAACUUUCCGCAAGAUUGAUUCUACCAACUUCCCUAUCUCAAAGACCAUUGCCGCUGCCAUUGUUGAGCUUGAGCCCAAGGGUCUCCGUGAACUUCACUGGCACCCUAAUGCCGAGGAAUGGCUCUACUUCCAUCAAGGCCAGGCCCGCGCGACCGUAUUCAUUGGCGAUUCCAAGGCCCGCACUUUUGACUUCCAUGCUGGUGACACUGCUGUUUUCCCCGACAACAGCGGCCACUAUAUUGAGAACACUUCUGAGACUGAGAAGCUUGUUUGGAUUGAGCUCUACAAGAGUGACCGUGUUGCCGAUAUCUCCCUUGCCCAGUGGCUUGCACUGACUCCCUCUGACACCGUUGCAAAUGUUCUCAAGAUUGACAUUAGCGUCGUCGAGCAGAUCAAGAAGGAGAAGCAAAUUCUUUUGCCUGGGAAGAAAUGA